GACGUCACGAAGCGGCGCCAGGGCCGCGCGGAUUGAGCUGGAGGCGCAAGUGCCUAGGUCCGUGGUUCCCCGCGCGGGGGGCCGGGCCUCGAGCCGGGAACCAAGGCCAGAGCCGCUCUGGCCUUUCCUAUCACCCACCACGAGACAUCGAGUGAAGUGCCAGUGAAAGGAAGCUGUUCGAGGCGCGGUUGAUGCUCCGAGCUGUGACGCCAGUGUGGCGGGAAGGAUGACUACGCUUACGCGACAGGACCUCAACUUUGGCCAAGUGGUGGCCGACGUGCUCUGCGAGUUCCUGGAGGUGGCCGUGCACCUAAUCCUCUACGUGCGCGAGGUCUACCCGGUGGGCAUUUUCCAGAAGCGUAAGAAAUACAACGUGCCUGUCCAGAUGUCCUGCCACCCGGAGCUGAACCAGUAUAUCCAGGACACACUGCACUGUGUCAAGCCACUCCUGGAGAAGAAUGAUGUAGAGAAAGUGGUGGUGGUCAUUUUGGACAAAGAGCACCGCCCAGUGGAGAAGUUCGUCUUUGAAAUCACCCAGCCUCCGCUGCUGUCUAUCAGCUCAGACUCCCUGCUCUCUCAUGUGGAGCAGCUUCUCCGAGCCUUCAUCCUGAAGAUCAGCGUGUGUGAUGCUGUCCUGGACCACAACCCCCCAGGCUGUACUUUCACAGUCUUGGUGCACACGAGGGAAGCUGCCACACGCAACAUGGAGAAGAUCCAGGUCAUCAAGGACUUCCCCUGGAUCCUGGCAGAUGAGCAGGAUGUCCACAUGCAUGACCCCCGGCUGAUACCCCUAAAAACCAUGACAUCAGACAUUUUAAAGAUGCAGCUCUACGUGGAAGAACGAGCUCAUAAAAGCAGCUGAGGGUGUGUCUGCCCCCCACCCCCCACAGAUGCCACAACUGUCGGACUUUGGGGGCCCUCAGUCUAGGGCAGCGCUGUGGGGCCCUCCUGAUUCCAAGUGCUCUUAUUGCCUCUGUAUGGACUGCCCGCCCUCCAGCCUGGGGCUGCUCAGGUCUGGUGGUCUUCAUGGAGGAACCCCUCCCCCUGCAGAAGGGCAGGAAGGGUGCUGGGACCCGGAUUCCUCAGCUUCCUGGGGUCUGGCCGGCCAACACUGUCUCAAAUACUGUGCUGUGAGUUGUUUCAAUAAA